AUGGCGGAGGAGCAGCCAUCGGGGCUGUUCGCCAUCUUUAUGCUGACGAUCUACUCCCUGAUUCUGAUCCCCUACACGCUUUACCGGUUGUGCAGCUCCGCGGAUGAGAAGGCGGAGGCUGUCGUCAAGUCAAAGAAGAAGGCAUCAGGAUGGCAGACGCUGGCGUCCAAAGCAUUCACAAAGGGCACGCUGCUCAUGCUGCUGGCAUGGGGCGUGUGGGUGCUGAUGCUUUUCUACGUCAAGGCGGCCAGCUCUGAGAUCAAGCCGUUCGACCCCUUUGAAAUCCUGGGCGUGGAGCGCACUGCAACCGACAAGGAAAUCAAAAAGGCGUACCGCAAGCUGUCGCUGCAGUUCCACCCGGACAAGUAUCCCUGA